AUGGACUCCUGCGAACUCCGACGCGUUUUCCUCAUGUUCGAUCGCAACGGAGACGGGCGCAUAACAAAAAAAGAGCUGAGCGAUUCUCUUCAAAACAUGGGCAUGUCAAUUUCAGAAACGGAUUUAUCAAAAAUGAUCGAAAAAAUCGACGUAAACGGAGACGGGUGUGUGGAUAUAGACGAAUUCGGAGCACUUUACGAAUCAAUUCUGGAUCGAGAACGUGAGGCGAAAGGAAGGGCGGUGGAAAAAGAAGGAGGAGAAGGAGAAGGAGAAGAUGGAGAAGAAGAAGAUGGAGAGGAUAUGAGGGAGGCUUUUAAUUCGUUUGAUCAGAAUGGAGAUGGAUUUAUUACGGUUGAUGAAUUGAGGUCUGUUCUUUCAUCUCUUGGUCUUAAACAGGGAAGGACGGAGGAGGAUUGUCGGAUUAUUAUUAGCAGGGUUGAUGCGGAUGGAGAUGGAAGGGUUAAUUUUACUGAGUUUAAACAGAUGAUGAAAGGUGGUGGAUUUGCAGCUUUGAGUUGAUCAAGUUCAAACCCUUUUUUUUUCUCUUUUUUUGGA